CUCAUAAUCUGGCCCAGUCAGUGCAUGGAAAGCAUGAGGACACGAUGAGAGUUUGAGAUUGUGGAUAUCUCAACAAUUCAGACAUUUGACAGAGAACUUCCAUGAGUUUGUAUUCUGGUCUUCCAGGUUACUUGCUCAGGGUGACAUGCUCAACACCCCAAAGGUGCUGCACUCGAAACAGCUGCAAGAUCCACAACUAACAGAUCUCCUUGCCACUGCAGUGUAAUCUUGGAGAAGUGACAGUACUGCUGGAUACCUGGACAGGCAGAUUCCUUCCGAAAGGAAUGCUGUCACCAAACGCUGUCUAAGAAAGGAGAAGGAUAAUAUUAAUACACUGGGAUAAGUGUUUCGAAAGUGAGCAACAUGGCAAACAGAGGAUCCUAUGAUCUCCAGAAGGCCAGAAAGGAUCCUUAUUCUCCCAGAGCCAUUAGAGGAUACUUCAGUGAUGACGAGACAGAUGACUUGGACAGAACUUUGGAAGUGGCGAGUUUUGAGGAUGUUGACUUUGAGCCUACAGAGAAUAGAUGGAAUGGUGAUGAUGAUGAUAGUAAUUCUGAUUACUUUUGCGAGUUAUUGUCCUGCAGCCCCAAAGUACGCUCCAAUCAUAAGCGUGAAAAGAAGACAGCACAUGGGGGUCAGUCAUUCGAAGCGGAAGGAAGCCCGAAGCCUCAUACCAGGUAUAAACCCCGUCCGCCAGGAAGGGGCACUGUUGAAUUUGACAAAGACAUAAACCUUCCACAAAUAGCCUCUGCAGAUGAUUCAUACACUCAACGUCCUAGAAGGAGUCAAGAUAAAGCUGGCAGAGAGCCUGCAGGUCACAGAGAAUACAAUUACAAGCAGAUACCUCAGGUAUUUGUUGAAUUUGAUGAACUGAAAAUGAAUGAAGCCAAACAUCAAUACUGGCAAGAGACUGGACGAUGGAUAAAGUAUGAAGAAGAUCUGGACAAGGAUACAGACCGAUGGGGUAAAGCGCAUGUCCCUUCUCUCACCUUCAGGAGUCUCCUGGAACUCAAAAGGGGCAUCAGCAAAGGUGCUGUUCUACUAGACCUGAAGGAAACCACAUUUAUUGGUAUUAGUGUUAACAUAGUCGAAGAGAUGGUUGCCAAGGAUCAGAUGAGGGCAGAAAAUAAAGUCAGUGUGCUGAAUGUGUUGCUGCAGAAACUUAGUCAUAGGCACCAAAUGAUUGAUGAUGAUGGAGCCCAGCUUACUUCAAGUGAACAUGAUGUUGAAACCCAACUCCAUUCCCCAAGGAGAGAGGUACACCAUGAAAAGAAGAUUCAUUCAGAAAUAAUGGAUAAAAUUACCGAAAACACAGAAGCCACUAUAGUUCUUGUUGGAUGUGUUGAAUCUCUGAAGUCCCCGACUAUGGCCUUUGUGCGGCUGGCAACAGCUGUUCAACUGGAGUCAAUUUUAGAAAUCUCCAUCCCUAUCCGAUUUAUUUAUGUGCUCCUGGGACCCAGCACUUCCAGAAUGAACUACCAUGAAGUUGGGCGUUCAAUUUCAACAUUAAUGUCAGAUCAGACAUUCCACAAAGUGGCGUAUGAAGCAAAGGAUUGCAAUGAUUUGCUGAAUGGUAUCAGUGAGUUCCUGGACUGCAGUAUUGUCAUUCCCCCAACAGAAGUUCAAGAUGAGGAGCUACUAAGAUCUGUCAUACCCUUUCAGCGUGAGAUGCUGAAGAAGAGGCAGAACCAGCUGGAAGACACAUUGGCCAAAAGAGCUGAUCAAUUUGCUGCAAGACCAAAACCAAGUGAUGACGAUGAUCCUCUCAGAAAAACUAGGAAACCGUUUGGAGGAGUAAUCCGGGAUAUCAAGCGACGCUAUCCCAAAUACCUGAGUGACAUCAGGGAUGCCCUGAAUGCUCAAUGUCUGGCUGCCAUUAUUUUCAUUUAUUUUGCAGCUUUGACCCCUGCAAUCACCUUUGGUGGUCUUCUUGAGGAGAAGACAAAUGGCAGCAUGGGUGUUUCUGAGCUGAUCAUCUCAACAGCCAUUCAAGGAGUUAUUUUCUGUCUAAUUGGUGCUCAACCCUUACUUGUAUUGGGUUUCUCGGGUCCUCUUUUAGUGUUUGAAGAAGCUUAUUAUCGUUUUUCUAUGACGAUGGGCUAUAGUUAUCUGACUGGUCGAGUGUGGAUUGGAUUCUGGCUGAUUCUCAUCGUGUUACUUCUUGUUGCCUUUGAAGGCAGUUUCCUGGUACGAUUCAUCUCCCGAUUCACACAGGAAAUUUUCUCCAUCUUAAUCUCCCUCAUUUUCAUCUAUGAAACAUUCAACAAAUUAUUCAAGAUUUUUAAGGCGCACCCUUUGCUUCGUACUUACAAUAUGACCUCAGUGAAUGACACACAAAUUGGGAAGCUACCGGAGCCCAACACAGCUCUGCUGUCCCUUGUUCUCAUGUUCGGAACCUUCUUCAUAGCCAUUUCCUUAAGAAAGUUGAAAACCAGUCAAUAUUUUCCAGGAACCAUCCGUCGCAUUGUUGGUGAUUUUGGUGUUCCUAUUGCCAUCUUUGCCAUGGUGCUGGUGGAUUUCUUUAUUAAAGACACUUACACACAGAAACUCAAUGUUCCAGAUGGUCUUCAGGUGACAAAUAGCUCCGAGAGAGGUUGGCUCAUCAGCCUGACUCACCGAUUUCCUUGGUGGAUGAUGAUAUGUGCAGCUCUUCCAGCCAUGUUAGUUUUUAUCCUUGUCUUCAUGGAAUCUCAAAUCACAACACUUAUCAUUAGUAAAGCAGAUCGGAAGCUGGUGAAAGGCUCAGGAUUCCAUGUGGACUUGCUGUUGAUUGUGGUAAUGGGAGGAAUUAGUGCCAUUUUUGGAGUCCCUUGGCUCAGUGCUGCCACCGUGAGGACAGUUACUCAUGCUAAUGCCUUAACUGUGAUGAGCAAAUCUGUCGCACCAGGUGAUAAACCCCAGAUUCAAGAAGUAAAGGAACAGAGAAUAACUGGACUUGUGGUUGCUAUUCUAGUGGGUUUGUCUAUUUUGAUCGGACCUGUUUUGCGUAUGAUCCCACUUGCUGUUCUAUUUGGAAUCUUCUUGUACAUGGGAGUGACAUCUCUGUAUGGAAUUCAGCUAUUUGAUCGAAUACUCCUCUUCCUGGUCCCACCUAAGUACCACCCAGACUGCAUCUAUGUCCGCAAGGUUCGAACCAGGCGUAUGCAUCUGUUUACUUUCAUUCAGAUUAUAUGCAUUGCAAUUCUGUGGGCAAUCAACAAGUCUGUUGCAGCCUUGGCUUUCCCCUUCGUGCUCAUCCUGACCGUUCCCUUCAGGAUGUUUGUACUCAACAAGAUCUUCACAAAAGUAGAGAUGAAAAGUCUGGAUGGUGAUGAAGCAGAACCUACCUUUGAUGAGAAGGAAGGAAAGGACGUUUAUGAUGAGACAAUGAUGCCAAAUUGAGGAUGUCAGGCCCUUACAAAGUCAGAACUUUGCAAAUGGUGGCUUACAAGACAACAGAAACAUUCACCUUCGUCUUACUUACUCUUCUUUUGUUAGUUAAGGAAAAUCUGUUUAAUAGCCAAAGAUGAUGACGAAUGACUCUAGUCUAAUUUUCUAAUUACAUAAUCAAUGCUUAUUUUAGUCUUAAAUCACACAACACCAGGUUAUAGGCCAACAGGUUUAAUUGGAAGCACAUUAGCUUUCGGAACGACGCUCCUUCAUCAGGUGAUGAAGCUAGUGUGCUUCCAAUUAAACCUGUUGGACUAUAACCUGGUGUUGUGUGAUUUUUAACUUUGUACACACCAGUCCAACACCAGCAUCUCCAAAUCAUAUUUUAGUCUUAGCUUUAAAGAUGUACAAAGAUCAAAUUACAAGAUAAAACCCAAAAGAAAUGCUCAGAUUGCUGAGAAAGGGUCACCAGACCUGAAAUGUUAACUGAUUUCUCUUCAAGAGGCUGCCAGAUCUGCUUCGCCUUUCCAGCAAAUUCAGUUUUUGUAUCAAAUUACAAGACUAGCAUGUAGUUGGGGCUAAAUGAAAACACAUUAUGAUCAUGGCAAACUGAUUCAGAAAUCUGAUCACUCUUUCCCCCAAUUUAAAAGACAACUUCAGAGACUCAUUGACAAGAAAUAAAACUUGCUCAAAAACUCUGCAGUUUUCUCUGUUUAAACCAGGGUACAAAUGGAAUUUUAAGUAUUAAUUGUUUGUUCCAUCUUAACCCAACUUAUUAAUGCCAUUGCCCACUUUGAUUCCAGUUGCAUCCCAAAUAAUGUAAAACAAAGAACUGCAGAUGCUGACCAGAAACAAAAAACAGAAAUUGUUGGAGACAUUCAGCAGGUCUGGCAGCAUCAGUGGGGAGAAAGCAGAGUUAACUUUUCAAGUGUGGUGACCCUUCAUCAGAUCCUUCAUCUGAUAAAUGGUCACUGGACUGAAAAUGUUAACUCUCAGACCUGCUGAGUUUCUCUGGCAACUUCUGUUUUUGUUCAAUCAUGAGUAAUGUUACUGUGGCUCUAGAUAAUGAUAUUGAAGAGUUAUUGCUGUCAAUUACAUUAUAUUCCAAUGUGCAAUUGUAAAUCCUAUAGAAUGUUAAUUUUUAAGUAUGUUCUCCUAUCUUUUUACAGGGUAAGCUCAGAACAUUUAAUUUUUCACUCUAUUGUACGUUUUGGGUUAUUGAGUUUCUAUAAAGCAAUCAAAUAUACCUUGUAAAGUAAGUUAUUUUAUUCCUAAUCAUUUUAUCAAUUCAACUUUCAAGAAAUCAGAUGAAAUUUACAGUUUUGAAUCAAGUGUAUGAUGGAAAAUGUCCUUUUUAAGCAUUUUGUAGACUGGAGAUUUACACUGGGGAGUUCAUGGAGUGGUAGCAAGCAUGGAUGGCACAAUCACCAACUUGUCUCUUCAAUGUGCAUUACUUAGAUGUCCCCCAAAUCCAUUGCUUUUAACAUAGAUGCAGGCAAGUUCAUGAAAGGUUGAGGUCGGAGUUUGUAAAUUUGCCAACCCUCUCGUGUCUUUUGUGGUUUGUGUAAGAGGGUUAAGCAUCCAUCCAAACCCUCCCCUUAAUCUCUCAGGGUAUCACGUGAUGCUCUGGAACAGUUCAGUGACUAAUUUGUUCCUCAAUCCAUUUAAAAAAGGAAAGUUCAUGCUUUAGAAAGACUUCAUUUCAACAGAUUAUAAAUGCUCUUUUUUUUAAUGAAUGGCUCGUCUCCAAACAAAAGCAGUUUAUAUUCUCUGUCGAAUAUUUUAAUCAAGUGAGAUGCUUUUUUAUAAAAUGCAGUUAGCUUCAGUCAAGUUCCAGAUAGAUUGCCUGAUUCCUUUGCGUGCUGUUUUUAUUUUGGUGUUUACUUACUGACGCAUUUUACUCUCGAUCCCUUUGACAAAUGUACUUUGUUGAUUCAUCCCUCACUUCUCAUUAAUGAAUCCUAAUCACAACACAGUGGAGGCUGAUGCCUGACUGAAAUAGCAGUUUCCUGGGUUGGACUCUACACAACAGAGAAACUUCUUGUGUUUAACUGGACUUCAUUUUCUGAUUGAGUUUGGAUAUUCAUGUACAGGUUAACUGCAUGAUAUCUCAGAGAAAGGAAAAGCAAGCCAUAAAAACACAAACAUUGCAUCACUUUCUAAAAAUGCAAUUUAAGAUUAUUCAACUUUUACUUAGGCAUCAUUGAAAAGGAUUUUCUGCAUCAUAUUAAAUAGUGAACAUUUGUGAAAAUAUAUUGUGAUUCUGAGAGAUAAAGGGAUGGAGAUGAAAACAUCUUUCUGAUAAAUUCAUAGUCCUUUGAUUACUAAGUGGUGUACUUCUUUCAGUUUGUAUUGACUUUUUUUAAAAAUAAAGAUUAUAUAUGUUUAAACAGCCUUUAA